UCGAAUUGGCGAACAGUAAUUCUUGCCGUGCAUAAAUAUAAAGUGAAGUUCAAUAUUAAAAGAAAAUAAGUAAGCUAAGAUAAAUAUUAUAAAAUCUUAUGUUUCUGAAGGAUUUCAUGUACCACAAACAUUGGAUAUAUUUCGUUACACAAUUAUCUCAUUGAGUAUAAACACUAGCUAAUAGGUUUUUUAUUCAAACUGCUUUCCAUUUAAAACAAAAUGAGCUACGACGACUGUAAUGUGCUUACAACCAUUUACAAGAAUAAGCAAUCUGAAGUUACUGAAGAGUUUUUUAAAAAUAAACAGCUUCCAACAAAUGAAUUAUCGCAGAUUUGUAAGCCGAAGAAAAAAUUUACAAGGUAUAAUUUUAUGAAGGAGUUUUUAUCAACGGUACUAACAACGCAGGAUGGAGAAAAUUCUAGUUGCGUUGAAAAUUUGAUUAAUGAAGAUAUUACAUAUAAUGAUUUAUCUUUAUUAUGCGAUGAAGAUCUCAAAUUAAUUGGUAUAGAAAACAAAACCGAAAGAGAACAAUUGCUUAACUGUUUCAAUCAAUUGCCAAACCAACAAGAAAGUUUUGAUUAUGUCGUGAAUCAUGCUGAUGCAAAGGACUACAAUAAAAGGAUUUUAUUUUAUGCUUGUAAUCAUAUGAAUGCCAUGCGUUAUGCAGCAGCUGCAAACGGCAGUAAACUAAAUUUCGUUGAAACCGAUGAUGAAACAUUUAAUGGUAAACUAUACUUCUCUCGUUUAACCGAUGAAGCUAUUGAAAUAAUUAUGAAAGAAACAAAGGAAGUAGAGAAACACAUCAAAUAUUUAAAUCAGGUGUUAAAUGGAAAAGUCAACAAUAAGGAAGAGAUAUUUGGUUCAAAAAUUGAAUCUAAAACCAGCAAGCUGUUUAUUUUUGGUACUCUUAUUAUUUCUAGUGUGUUAUUGGGAAUAUAUUAUUUUAAAUAAA